AUGCCAAAAACUCGAAAAACACGACGUGUUACAACAACUAAUCCACUAAGUCGACCGAAGAGAGCUUCAACAAAAGUUAAGAGUACUAAAAACGAAGAAAAUAAGGUCGCUUAUUAUGAUCUUGUUUCUCAACCUAAUGAAUCUAUUAAAUCAAAAUCAACAGGCAAUUUUAUUCGUAUACCGAAAAAACCACCACGAAAUUUAAAAGUAGCUGAUGAUUGGGAUGUUAAAUCAGGUGAUGUUCUUUCAUGGAGUCAAGGUCGACCAACAGAAACAUUCUUUGUUACUUCAGAAGGAACACUUUUAAAAAAUCCCGAUAAAUCUGGUUCAGGUUAUUUAACAAUUCCACUUGCAAUAACUUCGCAAUUUUCUGAUGUUCUCAAUUGUUUUUCGUCUGUUUUGGAUGGUGUUGGUCGUAAUUAUAUAACAAAUAUUGAACUUGCACCAACUGAUUUAUUUUUUACUACCCAUUUUUCAAAACAACCACUUCCUACAUCGAUCAAAAAUCGAAAGGAUAUAUCUUAUUCAUUUGAUCCAAAUGAUGAAAUUCUCUAUGUUACACUUGAAUCAAAUCCUAAUCAAUCUCAAGAUUUUCCAUUAGAUACAACUAAAACAGAUGAUAUUAUUCAAUGGAUUUCAGUAGCAAAUGAUCUAAAAGCAAAAUUUAAUGUUAAAUAUAAUUUUGAAGGUAAAGAAACAUGCAGUAAAGCUCCUCGUGGUAUCAUUACUGGUUUACCAACUGGAUGGCAAUGUCAACAGCAAGGUUCAUUAAUGUUCGGUUCAGAUAAAAUACAAGGCGAAUGGAAAUGUGAAGGACCAGAAAAAACGAAAGAUAAAGCACGAAAAGCUAUUGAAAAAUAUUAUAAAGGACUUAAUGUAGAAAUAAAAUAA